AUGACAGAUAAGACCCCGCUCGGGACUGCUGAUCACUCAGAGACUGAGUUUGAACACGCAAAAAAAAUCUACGAGGAACGACUUGAAUCCAGCAUUCUGCGGGCCUAUGACCUUUUCCCUGCGCCAAAAGACACGCCAGAAUGGCAAGUCCCAGAUCAACUUCCCCUGGACGUGAUUCCUCUGUUCCAAAGCCUGGUGGCACCUAGCGACAUGGAAAUUGUGUCCCUCGACGGCAUUGACCUGAUAACUAAGCUCAAAGAUGGAUCAUUGAACUGUGUUCAUGUCAUUGGAUGCUUUAUUCGAGCAGCCAUCACGGCCCACAAACUCGUCAAUUGUCUCACCGAGGUGUUACCAGACCUCGCAUUGAAGACAGCCAAACAAUUGGACGCGGAACGCGACUCUCACGAAAAGUACGCGUUGUAUGGACUUCCUAUCUCUUUGAAGGAACUCAUUUCCCUGUCCGGAUUGUCGUGCCAUGCCCAGAACUCGUACCACAUUGACCGGGUGGUGUCUCGUGACUCGACACUAGUCUCUUGUCUCUAUUCUUCAGGUGCUAUUCCCUAUGUGCGGACCAAUGGUCCUCAGAUUCUCAUGUCUGGUGAGUCUCAUUCUCCUCUACAUGGGUUCACUUUGAACCCUCACAACACGGUCUUGUCUUCUGGAGGCAGUUCUUCCGGUGAGGGAGCUUUGAUUUCGAUCGGUGUUUCAAAGCUCGGACUCGGAACUGAUAUUGGCGGCAGUGUUCGCGAGCCCGCUUCGUUCUGCGGCAUCUACUCCCUUCGCCCCACAUUUGGACGGUUAUCAGAGACUGGUGUGGACAUGAUGAUGGCUGGAAAUGAGUCGAUUAGAUCAGUCUGCGGCCCCAUGACCUCAGAUCUGAGACUUAUUGAAGCCUACAUGAAGGACAUGGGCUCCAAGGAGGUGUGGAGAAUCGAUCCCUCGGUCGACAGAUGGGUGUGGAGAACUCUUGACUACGGUCACAUGAAGAAGCUACGAGUCGGCUACUGUAUUGACGACGGCUUUGUCAAGGCCUUCCCGCCCAUUCAAAAGGGUAUUCUCAAGCUGGUUGAGCAGCUCAAGGGAUCUGCGUUUGAAGGAAUGGAGGUAGAGCUCACCCUCUACCAUCCCCCUAGCAUUGCCACUGCCAACAAGCUGCUCGAUGCCUUUUACUUCCCCGACGGAUGUGAGCGGAUCAAGAACCACUUCUACCGUUUCAAGGAGCCCAUCACUCCCCAGACCCAGGACAUUCUUGACGGCGCAAGGGGGUACACUUUUGAGGAGCUGUGGAAGAUGCAUCAACAAAGAGACGAGUUUCGAAUGGACUUCCACCAGGAUUUCACUUCCAAGUUCGACGUGGUCAUCUACCCUGUCAAUAACUCCGUCGCUCCUGUUUUCCACACCUCCAAAAACCUCAUGUAUUGCGGAAUCUGGAACCUCAUGGACUACCCGGCUGUGGUGGUUCCUACAGGCGCCAAAGUAUGCGAUUUCAGCUACGAGAAGACGACUGAGUUCAGAAGCGAGCUGGAAAAGCUGUGCUGGAAGCCCUGGACGGAAAAUGGUGCGGACAUCUACAAAAAUGCCCCUGUUUGUGUCCAGAUUGUUGCUCCUCGGUGGGAGGACGAGUUGGCUGUCAACGUCGCCAAGUGGGUGGACCACAAGGUGAACAAAAAGCACUGGAGUGAGUAA